AUGAAAAAUCAUAGCAGCUUUUUAAAACAAAGCUUGUUUUUUGUCUUCUCAGGGUUCAGUACUGAAGACACUGUGUUUGUGGAGACAGGAGCUUCUGUUCAACUGAAUAUACAGAGAGAUAAACUACCUGAUGAGUUUGAAGAGAUAAUCUGGCAGAAUGAAAAAUCAGAAACUAUAGUGAAAUAUUAUAAUGAAUUUAAAAGAGUAAAAGAUUAUGAUGACUACAAGGACAGAGUGGAUUUCAAUACUGAAAGUUUCUCUCUAACACUGAAGAACAUGAAGAAGACAGACAGUGGAGUUUAUACAGCAAUGGCAAGGGGAGAAUCUGAUACACUUAUUGCUGAACACAGAGUAUCUGUUAUAUAUGCAGUUGAAGCUCCUGUCCUGACAGUAAACUCAAACUUGUCCAGUACAGGACUCUGUAACUUCACAUGUAAAACAGAUAACAUUACAAUCAACACUGUUAUCAAUAACAGUAGCAGCUGUUCAGAGGAAGUGACAUCAUCUGAAAUCUAUCAUCUAAGUCUGAGAUGCAUUAAUGACUUCAUCAUUUGUAAUCAUAGCAACCCUGUCAGCUGGAAGAAUGACACCAAGACCAUUGAACCAAUCUGCAUUGUUACUCCAGGUAAAUAUCAACCACAACAUGUACUGUCAAUACAAAAAAAAUAGAGCAAAUAAAUAAAA